AUGCUUAGCUCUACUCUUCUUCUGGCACUUGUGCCCUUUGCCAAGGCUCUCGCCCCCCCGGCCGUGGACGGCAUGAACAUCAUCUGGUCAGAGACCUUCCAAGGAAACGCUGGCGCGCCUCCCCGAAGCGACACUUGGGGCAUCACUCUAGCCAUCGACACCAACAACGAGGUACAGACUUACACCGACUCAUCUUGGAACCUUCAAAUUUCCGGCGGCGAGACGAUCCAAUUCAUCCCCCGCAAAUCUUCCAAUGGCGUCUGGACCUCAGGCCGCAUAGAGACCAAAGCCUCGUGGACCCCUCAACCCGGAAAACUGAUGCGUGUCCAGUCCAUGUUCAGAAUGGGCGCCAACGCGAAUAAGCAGGGAAUCUGGCCGGCCUUCUGGAUGCUGGGCGAUGCCGUCCGUCACGGUACGCAGUGGCCUCUCUGCGGCGAGCUCGAUAUCUUUGAACAGGUCAAUGGUCAGCUUUCUGCCACGGGCACCGUCCACUGCCAACAAGAGUCUGGCGGUAUCUGCAACGAACCCAGCGGCCGUGGAGUUGCUACCUCGAUCCCGGAUAACGACUGGCACACGUGGAGUCUUCAGUGGGACCGUACUUCCAACAACUGGCUCACCGAGACAAUUACCUGGAUGCGCGAUGGCGUUGUUUUCAACACGCUGACCGGUGCUGAUAUUGGGAACGAGUCGAUCUGGGCCACGCUCGCCCAUGCCCCUUACUACGUGCUCAUGAACGUCGCUGUUGGUGGUACACUUCCGGGUAAUCCUACCGACGCUACUCAGGAUGGCUAUGGUAGCAUGAUGGAGGUUGGAUAUCUCGCCGUUUACGAGACGGCAUGA